UUGUUGUUAUAUAAGACAAGACUAUAUUAAUUAAAGACAUUAAAUACGUAAAGAUUACUGAAAACAAUGACCACAACAACAACAACAACAACAGCUGUUAAGGACUCGUUUGAUCGCUUCGGCGAUGAUUUGGCGGAACUAUUGCUUCAAUAUCUGCCAAUCGAUGACAGACUAAGACUACAAUCGGUGUCCAAACAGUGGCUGACAUUGAUAUUCAAUACGGAAACACAUCUGGUAUUUGAUUGGGAUCUAUUGGACAGAAUGUCUUUGGUCACAAACCGUGACAAUUAUCUGAUAAUUAAGUUGUUUGAACUGAUUGUCUCAAAAUUACCGAACAUUACCGCAGUUACUAUAAGUAAUAAUUCAAUACUGUCCACUGUUGUCCAUCUAAUAAACAGUUUUAUCAAUUUAUUGAUCAAAUACUGUCACCGAUUGCGACACAUCUCUAUUGGACACUAUUAUUUAGGCCAGUGGUCAGGUAUUACCGAUCGUAUGGUUAAAUUAUUUUUCAACCGUUUCGGUCAACAGUUGUUGACAUUCAAGUUUGUCGGUAACCUUAAAGUCAAUGAAGUCGAUAAUCAUAUAUUCAAUAGACAAUUGUUUUACAAAGUGGUCGACGGUAUGCCUAACCUGAAGACAUUGUUUAUAACAUCUGUAUUAUUGAAUCAUUUGUUUAUCGGUAAUAAUAAUAAUAAUAAUAAGUGUCAUGUUUUGCCCAAAUCGUUGCAAUCAUUGAACAUAGAACUGGACAACUUGUCGAUGCCGUUGUUGGCCAGGUUUGCCGAUAUUUAUGGCCAACAAUUGACAUCAUUAACGAUAUGGUCUAACAGGAAAACAAUUGGUAGCAAUUUUAUCGGCAAUUUAUUUACGACAAUUGGCCGCAACUGUCGCCAACUUAAAUCAUUAGAGUUUUACUUUCUUAUAAAAAAUAUGUUGACAAUUAAGCGCAUGUUUUCGGCAAUCAAUGAACAUAUGUCACCACAAUUGAGACGAUUAUCACUGAAUUGUUUGCCCAAACAUACGCCACAAUAUUGGUCGGAUGUAUUGCUGACCAGCGAUAUGUUAAACCGAUUGCACGGAUUAACACAUUUUACGUUUAAGUUUUCUGAAUGGCCGGCAAUAAGCGACUCGUUUUUUCUGGACAUUCACCGCAAUCUUCCGCGACUACAGUCCAUACAUAUUGACGAAGUGUCCAUAAGUCAGAAGUCGAUCCAAUCGAUGGGACAGUUGAAACAUUUGACGGAUGUCUAUCUCCGAUGCGAUCCAUACAAUGAUAUUACUCUAACUCAUCUACUAAUUGAUACUAAAGUUAAACACUUGUGUAUUGAAUACAGUGAAUGGUAUAUAAGACAGACAGACAUAGACAUAUGGGACGAUUAA